CACAUACAAUCAGUACCGUACCGAACCUCGUAGAAAACGCGCGCGAUCAUGAACGCACCGCGCUUACUUUUUUCGCAGAUCAGAAAAAUAAAAUGGCAAAGGCCGCUAUCCCAAACAGCCAGCCUCAAAAAUGAGUUCGAAAUUAAAUCGGCAGUGCCCGAUAUUGUGGUUCCUAACAUGAGAUUUUUAGAUCAGAUGUGGAAGGACUCUUCUAAAUUCAAGAACCUCGUCGCACUGGAAAGUGCGGAGACAAAGAAAAGCUACACGUAUCCCCAACUGCGUACAAACAUGGCGACGUUUGCGACUUCUCUCCACAAGAAGUUGGGACUAAAAUCCGGUGACGUGGUGGCUGUGAUGCUUCCGAACUGCCCCGAGUUUGCUGUCAUUGCAUUUGGGACCUUAGAAGCUGGCUGCGUAUUGACUACUUUGAAUCCUAUUUAUAAAGAACAUGAGGUAACACACCAAUCUUCACUAACCCAGCCGAAAGUAUUUAUCACCACUUCAGACCGGUACGAAAUUGUUGUGAAAGGUCUCCAAAAUGCCAAAGUAAAUGCCAAAAUAGUUAUAGUAGAUGAUCCUAAUAAACCCGUACCUGAUAACACAGUAAGAUAUUCAGAAAUAGGUGAAAAUGGAGAAGUAGAUAAUGCCUUGCUAGACAAAAUUGAAAAGAAAGAUGACGAUAUAGCAUUUAUACCAUUUUCAAGCGGGACCACAGGACUGCCUAAAGGCGUAGAGAUUACUUACAAGAAUCUUAAGGCUGGUAUAGAGAUUAUGUCCCAAAAAACCAAUUGUUACUGCAAUCUGGCCUCAGACAGUUUCCAAGACGUAGUCCCUUGCGUGCUACCCUUCUUCCACAUCUACGGGCUGGUCAUCACACUCAUAGCGCAUCUGGCGAACGGCUGCAAGCUCAUCACCAUGUCUUCCUUCUCCGCCAGUCUGUACCUGAACUUGCUGAAAGCUGAAAACGUCAGCUUGCUUUACGUGGUACCUCCUAUAGCAAUCCUCUUGGGCAAGCAUCCAGAUGUGAACCACGAGCACUUCAGCCACGCCAGAUUCAUGGUGUGCGGAGCUGCUCCUCUUGCUGCCUCUGAUGUUGCGGCCAUCUCUGCUAAGACGAAGAACAAAGACUUCCAGUUCUGCCAAGGUUACGGUGCAACCGAGACCACGUCGCUAACAACAGCUACGUUUAUAGGACGACAGAACGACUAUGACUCUUGUGGGGAAGUCAUGGCUGGUAUCACGCUGAAGUACGUCGACCCUCAGACUGGGAACCCUGUACCUAUUGGAGAACGAGGAGAAUUAUACGUCAAAGGACCAACAAUCAUGAAAGGAUAUCACAAAGACCCCAAAUCGACUGCAGACUCUUUGACAGAUGACGGAUUCUUCAAGACUGGUGAUCUUGGAUACUACAAGCCUGGAGUAGGAGCUUACGUCACUGAUAGGAUAAAGGAACUCAUCAAGGUCAAAGGUCUUCAAGUGGCUCCAGCUGAGCUGGAAAGCGUACUCCGAUCGCACCCCGCAAUAGCCGAUGCUGGCGUUAUAGGCGUUCCUCACGAAUUCUUCGGAGAAGUGCCGAAAGCGUUCGUCAUCCUAAAGAAAGAUAUGAAAGCAGCGCCAGAAGACAUCCAAGACUUCGUGGCCAAUCAAGUAGCAGCAUACAAGAAGAUAGAUGAAGUGAUAUUAGUGGAUUCAAUACCAAAGAACACGACGGGGAAGAUAUUAAGAAGGGAACUGAAGAAGAUGUAUGCGUAUCAACAACAACAACACAUCAAGAUGUCUUUAAGACGCGUGAUAAAAGUGAAAAGAGUCCUCGAAUGUGCCAGCAAUGGCACCAAGUUGGUAAAAAGAAGCAGCAGUAUGUGGACAAAAGAUAAAAUAAUAAAGACUCCAUACAACAACAUCGAAAUACCUAAUGCGACUCUAUACGACUACCUUUGGCAGAACCUCGAGAAAUGGCCUGAAAAGACAUUGGCGGUAUGCUCCGAAACCGGUCGAGGCUACACCUACGAGCAAGCCUUCAACCUAUCCAAUGCUUUUGCCGCGAACCUCCGUCUCAAGUUAAAGAUCAGAGAUGGCGACACUGUGUCAGUCAUGCUGCCGAAUGUGCCUGACUACCCGCUAGUUGCCAUGGGCAUUCUGGGGGCUGGUGGCGUCAUAUCUACUAUCAACCCUAUUUAUACCGCACAUGAGGUGCAACGCCAACUAGUGCUAUCCAAAGCCAAAGUGGUCGUGACGAUGCCAGAAAUCCUAGGCGUAGUCAAGGAAGCACUAAAAAUAGCGAAAUUGGACACCCCUGUCAUUGUAAUCAAGACAAAUGGGGACCCCACUCCGGAGGGGACUUUGUGCUUCAACGAGCUGAGCGAAGAUGUCCACGUGGAUAAGUCCUGCUUAAAAGAUGUCAGAAGAACGCCAAAAGAUAUCGCCUUCUUACCUUACUCCAGUGGCACCACAGGAAUGCCGAAAGGCGUUGAGCUGACGCAUAGAAACUUAAUAGCUAACUUUGAACAAAUGAAUGACCCGCAUAUUAGGAAUUACAGCGAUACUACAGCAACCCACCAAGAUUCCAUCAUGGCUUUGUUGCCUUUCUUCCACAUCUACGGCGCUUCAGCUAUUAUGUUCCACAAGAUGUCCGUUGGCGCCAAGCUUGUGACGGUCGCCAAAUUCCAACCGGAGAAGUAUCUUCAGGCGUUGGAGAAAUUCAAGAUUGACGUGCUGUACCUUGCCCCUCCGAUUUGUUUACUAAUGGGAGCGCACCCAGCGGGCACCUCACAAACGUACCAGUACUUGAAGUCGGUGAUCAAUGGUGCGGCGCCACUGGCGGAGUCCGAUGUUAAGCGGUUCCUAUCAAAAGUCAAGCAAGAGUUCGACUUUCGCCAAGCCUACGGUUUGACGGAAACCUCCCCUCUUGCGUUGAUGCCUCCGAGAGGCGUAAAUAACUAUUCAAUUGUAGGAUACCCAGUCUCCAACACAGAAGCUAAGGUCGUUGACGAUAACCUGAACAGCUUGGGACCGAAUGAGACGGGAGAGCUCCUAGUCAAAGGCCCUCAAGUGAUGGUUGGGUACAGGGAAAACCCGCAAGCCAAUAGCGAGGUGUUCACUCCAGACGGCUGGUUCCGAACUGGUGAUCUGGUAGUUACUGAUGAACUGGGACAAGUCACCAUCACUGACAGACUGAAGGAACUGAUAAAGGUUAAAGGUUUCCAAGUACCUCCAGCAGAAUUGGAGGCGGUCUUGCGUGACCACCCCGCCAUCAACGAUGCUGCUGUCAUUGGAAUCCCACACCCAAUCAAGGGCGAAGCACCCAAGGGCUUCGUGGUGCUCAAGAGCGGUCAAAAAGCCGACCCUGAGGAUAUCAAGGCAUUCGUCAAAGAAAGGGUAGCAUCGUUCAAGAAGAUAGACGAAAUUGUAUUCAUAAACAGCAUUCCCAAAAGUGCAUCAGGGAAAAUCCUUAGGAAAGACUUGAAGGCUCAGUAUAACUUAAUAUUCAGUGAGUGUAAAACAUUAUCAACAACGCCACAUUCACUUCUAAACAUUGCGAUAGCUAUGUCGUGUUUUACAGUGCGAUCCAAAUAUUUAUUCGAUAAGUUCAAAACAAUAACAAGUAUUAAAUUAAGAUACAGUCAUGUUUGGACAAGUGAAAAUGUUGUACAAUCUCCGUAUAAAGAUGUGGUGAUACCAGAAACGACUAUAGUGGAUUAUGUUUGGAGGAAUUUAGACAAAUGGCCAACCAAGACCGCAGCGGUCUGUGCGUUGACCAACCGAGGGUACACCUAUGAACAAAUGUAUAAGUUGACCCAGAAAUUUGGUGCCAAUCUCCGAAAGAAGUUCAACAUUGAUGAUGGAGAUACAGUGGCUCUUAUAUCUCCUAAUAGUCCUGAGUAUCCUAUUGUAACUUAUGGUGUUUUAGCAGCUGGAGGAAUUGUAACAACUUUGAACCCUGUGUACACGCCAUAUGAAAUCCAGAGACAAAUUGAACUAUCAGACGUGAAACUUGUAGUAGCUGAUGCAGAUUUAGUAUCUUCUGUUAAAGAGGCCUUAAGAUUAGCUAAAAUAGAUUUGAAAAUAAUCUCUAUUGAUAUCAACAAACCUUUACCUGAAGGCACAAUAUCCUACAAAGAACUUGUUGAUGAUCAGUAUGUUGAUUUAAACAUUUUGAAGAAUGUGAAUCGAAAACCGCACGAUGUUGCAUUUCUGCCGUAUUCCAGUGGAACUACUGGACUACCUAAAGGAACAGAACUUACGAACAUGAACCUCGUAGCUAAUUGUGAACAGCAAAAUACUGAGCUGAGACAGCAUAGUCAUACUUCAGAAACCUAUCAGGAUUCGUUAUUAGCUAUUUUACCAAUGUUCCACUCUUAUGGAUUGUCAUUAGUGAUGCUGCACAAGUUGUCAGUUGGAUUAAAAUUAGUCACUCUACCGAAAUUUCAGCCAGACACCUUUUUGAAGGCUUUGCUCCAAUAUAAAAUCAAUAUGUUAUUCUUAGCUCCUCCAAUGGUUCUCUUCCUUGGAUCAAAUGAAAUGGUGACGAAAAAGCAUUUUGAGAGCGUACACACAGUCACAUCAGGUGCUGCGCCUUUGCCGUCAACUGAUAUUGAAAAUUUAUUAAAAAAGGCGGAGCGUGAAAUCAACUUUUGCCAAGGAUACGGCAUGACAGAGGCAAGUCCACUCGUGACCCUGAAUACCAAAGGCAACAAAAAUUACGAUGCAGUGGGAUACGCCAUUCCUAAUGUGAAACUCAGAGUGGUAGACGGGAAUAUGAAUAAUCUUGGCCCUGGUGAAACCGGGGAGCUCGUCAUAAAAGGACCUAACAUAAUGAAAGGGUACAAGAAUAACCCGGAAGCAAACAACGAAGUGUUUUUGGAAGAUGGCUGGUUCAGGAGUGGAGACAUAGCAAAUAUUGACGAGACUGGAAUGGUCUACGUCACUGAUAGACUUAAAGAGCUUAUUAAGGUGAAAGGCUUCCAAGUACCUCCAGCAGAGCUGGAAGCAGUUUUAAAGGAACACCCUUCAGUUCACGACGCUGCUGUAGUCGGUAUACCAGACCCUAAGACUGGUGAACGUCCUCUAGGCUUCAUCGUUCCUAAGUCAGGAGUAAACAUGAAGACUGAAGAUGUCAUAGAAUUUGUAAGCAAAAGAGUAGCACCUUACAAGAAAAUAAGAGAAAUUGUAGUUCUUGAUAGCAUACCAAAGAAUGCGUCAGGGAAAAUACUGAGAAGGGAGUUGAAAGAAAAGUACAGCUAAAGAAACGGAAUAGAAUUAAAUAUGCAACUUAUGUAAAGUAUAUGACUGUAAUGUGAUUUGUAAAGAAUUUAU